GGAGACUGGCUCCAGAUUAGAGCGCGGUGGGCCAUGGCCGCAGCCGAUUUACGGGCGGAGCUGGACUCGCUGCUGCUGCAGCUGCUCUGGGACCUGGAAGAGCUGGAGUCAAAGCGGGUGGCGCUGAACGCCCGGGUGGAGGAGGGCUGGCUUUCGCUCUCCAAAGCUCGCUAUGCCAUGGGUGCCAAGUCGGUAGGGCCCCUGCAAUAUGCCUCCCGCAUGGAGCCCCAGGUCUGCGUCUGCACCAGCGAGGCGCAAAAUGGACUCCAGAAGUUUCGUGUGGUAAGAGCCGGCGCCCAGAGUCCAGAGGAGGUGGGGCCCCGUGAAGCAGCUCUUCGAAGGCGCAAGGGCCUUACCAGGAUUCCAGAGCCCGAGGUCUUCUCAGCCUCCCCAAACCCUCUGAACUGGUUUGGAAUCCUGGUUCCACAUAGCCUACGGCAAGCCCAAGCCAGCUUCCAGGAGGCAUUUACAGCAUCUUGGCAGUGUUCUAGGCUCAUGAUCAGUGCUGGGAUACAGCAGGAAAUGAAAGGGACAAAUAUCCUCAUAGAAUGUUAUACUAUUGAGGGGAGAAAGACAACCUGCAAAUAAGCCUGCAGCUGGCUGUAGAUAUGGCCAGUCUCCAGAUCCACAUCAACUGGGGUCGAAGCCAGCUUCGAGGGCUCCAGGAGAAACUCAAGCAGCUUGAGCUUGGGGCUGCCUAACCUGUGGCCACAGAAGAAGAUCAUGAGUUCAGUUGUUCUUUGAUGUGGUUGCUUUAUCUCAGGCCUUCUUCCUUCACAGCUUGCUCGGCCCCUACCACUACCACCCCAUCCCAGACAGCUAAUCACCCCCACCUUAAAAUUUUUCCAGUUUGCUGUUUCCAACUUUGUUAUAUGUGAAAGUUUAAAGAGGUAAACUGAGUAAUGUUCAAAGUCACUACUAUGAAACCACUUCCAGUCCUUGUUCUAGGACACACUCAUAUGGGGAGGGUCAAAGCUGUUAGGUUAGUUUAUAUUAGGGAGCAACAGAGCAAUCUCAUGCAUAAAUCACUGCAGAAGAAGUAGUGCAUAGCUAGUGGCAGAAAGGACAAGAAGUAGGUGCUUCAGUUUCACUAGAUCCUCAAAACUGAUUUUGAUGGAAAGAAAAAAAGAUACAUGGCUAGCAGAUCAGGAGAGUGAUUUCACGUUGAUAACAAACACAAUUACCUGCAUACAUGGGCAGCCCUUGGCAGGUUUUAAGCCAAAAAGUAAAAAAGAUCUAACCUAGAUUUUCAAAUGAACUAUAGGAAAAGACCUUUCAGGUUUUGAAACACCUGCCUUCUGUCUUUUCAGUAGUGAGGCUGAACCUUUUGUAAUUUGUUAAAAGGCCAAUUGUAUUUGCUAUUCUGGGAACUCUGUCCUUAUUUCGUUUUCCUACUGGGUUGUGGAUAUUUUUCACAGUUUUUAAAGAGCUAAUUUUUAUGCUUGGGGAAAAUUGGUCCUUUGUUCACAAUAUGAGUGAUUUUCCUAGUUUGUUUUUUAACUUUAUGGUGUUUUUUUUAAUGUUUUUUUAAAAAAUAACUUUAUUGUAAAAUAAAACAUUACAUUAUAGAACCACACAGAAUAAUUGAAAAGCUUAAUGAAUAAUUAAGGUGAAAGCUAUA